CGCCCGAGUUGGGCCGAGGCCGCCCGAAGCCACCGCCCGAGCAGCGACCGAAGAGGCCGUCUGACGCCCGCCGAGCCGAGCCGAAGUCGCCCGCCGAGCAGGGACGAUGUCCCGAGUGUAGUACCGAGAAGCUCCGAAGUUUCCCGAAGUGAAAAGUCGAGUCAGUACGAAUGGUUCCGAAGCUUCACGAAAGCUCACGAGCGUUUCUUCCUCGCAGCCUAGGAGGCUAGUCUGAUUGUGGUCACCGGCUGAUAGGGCUAGUCGGCUCUGUGUAGUAUCUCGCCGGCUUCCAACGAAGUCUGACUUCGCCGACCGACCCUGGCGCCACUCGAUUUUUCCAACCCCCUCUGGAGGCGGCGGAAGCCGAGCUCACACGAGGCCUAGCCGAACUCCGCCGAAUGUCUCCGAGCAGAGUUCUCCGGAGCCUCAGUGCCCGCCUCCUCCUGUCCGAAAACUCCCGAGUGUUGCCGGACGGGAGAAUCGGGCCUCGGCAGCGGUCGGACGCCCGCAGCACCGCGGGGAGGGAGGAGCGAAGAUGGCGGGAGGGUGCGGCCAAGAGGCUGCUGGGAUUGUGGCGGACCCAGCGGCAAAAUGGCGGCCAUGCGGCCAGACGCAACAUCCUUGGCACGCCGGACUAGGAUACUGAGGUUACCCGGGACAGAACCAUAACACAUUUUCAGCUCACCCCUGGCAUAGCUGCAGCUCACCCCAGGGAGAGGCUCCUGCAAGGUGCUCUCGUCAGUUCCUCUUCAGAUGCUGUUUCACCUCAGUGGGCUGUACUAUGCCCUGUACUUCCUAGCUACGUUCCUGAUGAUUAUAUAUAAAAGUCAGGUUUUCAGUUAUCCUUUUAACUGUCUGGUCCUGGAUCUGGUUCUCUUGCUUCUGAUGGGGAUUCUCGAAGUAGCUCGGCUAUAUCUAGGCACAAAAGGCAACCUGACGGAGGCUGAAGUGCCACUGGCUGCCAGCCUGGCAUUCACAGCAGUCAGUGUCCUCCUUUCUGUUUACUUCCUGCUCUGGCAGACCUUGGUACUGUGGAUGGACUCGGUCUUCAGCACCAUUCUCCUGGUGCUACAUGGGCUGGAGGCUGGCUUGCAGGUGGUGGUCAUUGCUGACUUCAUCAGGUAGACAGACCAGGACAACCUACACAGCAGUGCUCCUUGGCCUCCAGCCAACUCCUUUGCUCUCAGACACAAUGGGUAUCUUUUUUUUUAUUGAUUGUCUAUAAAUGGAUGUAGAUGGUUUAUAAACCUUUUUAGUGAGCGGGAGUACAGGAACCAGGGGGGGGGCAAACUGUUAGGAGUGUAGGUGUUGAAGAUGAUUAUCAUGAACAGUAGUCAACCCCAGAGAUGUCCACUCCGGUUGUAUGGUCGGGGUCCUGGCUGUAGCAGCAGGACCACCAGUGAUCACCAGGCCAGUGGAAGGCAAAGUCUUUCAGGAAGUCAACACUGAGGGCAGCCCAGCUGCUCCACCCUGUCUCAACCCUAUAAAUGCAGCAUCUUGGCAGGAGGACUUGGCUGUGUUGGUCUGUCACCGUGUGUUUUCUCACACAGGAAUUACUGACUUCCGUGCUUCCCACACUGACCCUGGUUCUUGUUCUGAGAACCUGCUGUACUCUAUCCAGGCCUUUGUCCAGGCCUGGGAUCCCUCUGAAGCUGCAGGAUGGCAGGCUUUGUGUUUGGUUUCCAAAAGCAAAUGUUUAUCAGGUGUGGUGGCACACAGGAGGUAGAGGCAAACAUAUCUUUGUAAGUUCAAAGUCAGCCUGGUCUACAUAGUGAAUUGCAGGUUACAUAGUGAAACUUUGUCUUAAAAAGAAAAAAAAAAUGGUGGAGGGGAGGCUGGAGAGCACUGGCUGAUCUUCCAGAGAACCCAGGUUCAAUUCUCAGCACCUACUUGGCAGCUCACACUUGUCUAUAAUUCCAAUUACAGUGGAUCCAACAUCAUCACACAGACAUAUAUGCAGGCAAAACACCAAUGCACAUAACAUAAAAAUAGAUUAUUUUUAAAAACGUAAACAGGACAGAGAGCCAUGUAUUGCGAUGUUCACUUCAGCCUCUUUUGGUGGGGGUGGGCUGUAUGGGACAGAGACAGUGGAAGACCAGUUCUCAGUCUGGGACGUCUGUCACAGCCCACUAAACUGCCGCUUUAUCAAGUGCCAAGUGAGUUCCAUCUCAUCUCUUACUUUUCUCGUCCUAGCCCAUUUUUUCUUAAAAAGUAUUUUUUUUUCAGGUUCUUUCAUUUGUGUCUGUUACAUGUUUUCUGUUUGUGAUACUAUGUUCAAAUAUCUAGUUUCUCUUUUAAAAAAUAAAUAAUUUUGCUGUCA